GCCAUGUUUAUUCCGAAACUGAAACCCGAAAUGGAUGUCAAGUUAGUUGGCCAAAUACUUGUAUAUCUUACUUGUAAUAAUUUCAAAUUUUAAGCAUGCCAUCAUGUGCUGCUCUAGGAUGUUUCCGACAGAAGGGUAUGGUUCGGAAAUACUUCCCUCGGAAAGACCGUCGCCGACGUCAGAUAUGGGUGGACAUGAUGGAUCGUCCUGGGUGGAUUCCUAACAAGACAUCAUUCUUGUGUGAGGUUCACUUCGACAAAGACCAGUGGGAAAUGCGAAAUGGGAAACGCAAGUUGAAGAGUUCCGCUAUACCGACAAUAUUCCCAAUCAAACCUACCCACUGUCCUGUGCCAAGAGACCAUCCGUAUUGUCUGCCUUACUAUCGUAAAUUUGUUGAAGACGGCACAUUUAAAACAGAUAAAUCAGAAGACAGUAGUUCCAUGCAUAUUGAACAUAUUAAAGUUGAGAUGGGCGAAAAUGAAGAUUUUGAUUUUACUAAAGAAUCAGUGGAAGAAGGGAUCAGUUUAGAGGGUAGCGGAGACAGUCAAGAGAGAGAAGAAGAAGUUGAAAGUAUUCAAUGCACUCCAGACAUCUUAGCGUAUCCAGAGCGAGGAGAACCUUACCCCAUUGAAAUGGUCAACUGUGAAAUGGAGUACAAUACAAGCCUGGCUGAACCUGAAAGAGACCCCCUGGCUUUUUCUGCUGAAGACAAAAUCAACCCAACAGCAGUACAUCCGCUUUUUGGAACAGGAAAAAAAUAUUUAUUCAUCCCUAGAAAUACUAAAGCGGUUGUCCACACACCAGAUAAAGCUACUGGGGAACCUUUAGUGGGAAGUACUCUUCCGACUAACAAUCAAUCCAGUGCAAGGUUAAAAGUAAAAAGUAUAAAACAACUUAUAGAUCCAAAAACUGCUUUGGAAACUCCAACAAAAUCCCCCAAUCUUCCACCAUUUGUGGAUUCCAAACAAGUUUUCAGGUCACCAUCAGCUGUCUACAUAAAAGAACCUUUAACUCUGACAGCUGCUUCAACCAAAACUGGGGACCUAAAGUCAAUGUCUCCAGUUAGUUUGGUAAUUGAUAAGGACAUAGUUACGUUGACAUCGCCAAAGUUUAACAGUUCUGUGGGAGCCAAAGUAACUCCAACAAGCAAGGCCGCACCACCAAAACUGAAUUUGGUUACAACCCCGGUUUCCCAUGAGCACAAUCUAAACUUCUUUCAGAAUACAAAAAACCGUAAUGCGCUGAAAGUUUUUAGUAAAAUUAAAGAAAGUUCUAAUCCUUUGUUAUCGAGUAGUUCUAAAGAGGAGCUCUCUAAACUGGCAUUACAAAAGAAUAAUUAUUCUAAAAAGAUUUUUGCUUUUGAAAAAAAGACAAAUUUUAAAUGUUUAAACCCUCAAAAAACUUGUCCACCGUUGAAGAAAGCUGCCUCAAUUUCAUGGAAAAUGUUGGAAAAUAAAGAAGUAAUUGAAGAAAAGGACAACAGCCCUAGGAAAACAAUUAGGAACAAUGAUGGAAAACAUUUGGUACAAAAAAACCAAAUCAAGAGAGCCUCGAUUAUUAUUUUAAAGCCGUAUGGUUCCCCGAAAAACGUUUUUCCCCGUGGAAUUGAGGGAAACACUAAAAAGACUAUGAUGUAUAAAUGUGCCAGGUGUAAUGCUUUGUUUACUUCCAAAAAUGCAUACACAAGACAUAAACCCUGUAAUUUCAUUAAAGAAAAACAAAGCAAUUACUUUAGAGCGAUAAAAAAAAUACUGCAGACAAAUGCCAAUGUCAAUGUUGAUGGAACAUCCCUUGGAAGGACCAAUGAGAAUGAAAUUAGGCAAAAAGAAAGCACCGCAGUAUUAGUUUCAUCUGAAGAUGAAUCCAGUUUAGAGACAAUUGAAGAAAUUUCAAGUUCCAAUGAAGAUACUGAUACUGCUUCUGAAAAAAGUGAAAAUGGCGUUGAAAAGUCCAUUAAAGAUAGAAAUAUUUUGAAGCAAUCGCUUACAGUAGAAAAUACUUUCCCGGAAGUACACGAUCUAGUUUCAUCUGAGGAUGAUUACAGUGUAGGGACCACUGAAGAAAUAUCAAGUUCUGAUGAAGAUACUGAUUCUGCUUCUGAAAAAAGUGAAAAUGGCGUUAAAAAGUCCAUUAAAGAUAGAAAUAUUUCAAAUCAAUCACUUACAGUAGAAAAUACUUUCCCGGAAGUACAUGAUAUAGUUUCAUCUGAGGAUGAUUCCAGUAUAGGGACCACUGAAGAAAUAUCAAGUUCUGAUGAAGAUACUGAUUCUGCUUCUGAAAAAAGUGAAAAUGGCGUUAAAAAGUCCAUUAAAGAUAGAAAUAUUUUGAAUCAAUCAUUUACAGUAAAAAAUACUUUACCAAAAGUACCUGAUCUUAGUGCCGUCAAAUUUAAAAGUGUUGAGUUCUUGAAAAAAUCAGGACAAUGGGGACCACGAAAAGUAAGGGGACUAAUGAAGGGAAGGAAACUCAAUAAAACUGAAUCAAAAGACAGUUUUAAUGGAGAUGAUAAAUCUGUUGGAUGUAAACAAAUGUUAGAUGAAAGUAAAAAGGAAGAUGCUGUAAAUUCUUUACCUAAAGAAAAUCCAUCAACUAAAAUACAGAAAAAUCAUAAAGUAGUCCCAACAUCAUUUCAAAGGAAGACAAGACCAAACAAGAUUAAAGAUGACCAAAGAAAAAACAAUAUAGUGGUGAUCAGCAGCAGUGAUUCUAGUGAAGAUGAUGCCAGUACCUGCAGUUUGGUGGAUAUUAGUAAUGAAUCUGAGCGUAAUACGAGAAAAGGUAAAAUCAAAUCUAGUAGAUACGUACCACAAAACAGUGGGGCUUCUUUGGCUAUCCCUUCAGGGGUAGUGGAUAAGGAAAGAUUAAAGAAGCUUAUAACACUAAAAAAGGACACAGAGUUAAUUGAUAAACAGCAAAAAACUGUAGUCUUAGAAAAAGCUGUUGAAUCAUUUAAACCCUUGAAAACUAAUGAUUUUUCAAAUAAACCAACUGUAAUGCUAUCAAGGCUUAAUACAUCAGAUAUCUGUAAAAUAAAAACCUGCAAAGGUAUUGAAAAACAACAUUCUCCGGAAAACAAAGCAAAAUUAGUUCCAAGCGAUGACGAGGAUAUAAAGUGUAGAGGAAAAACUAAUUCCAAUAAAAUUAGGGCAAAGCCCAAAUUAUCUCUAAGUGUUUGCCAAAGAGGUGGGGAAAAAACGUUGAUUGCAAAAGUUUCAGAGGAAGAGGUGGUAGAUUUAACUCAAACAGAUCAAGCAACAGAAAGAAAACAAAUCCUGAGUGAAAAACCAAUAAUUUCACGAGUGCCAAAGUUAAGAAGUAGAGAAAUAAAAACAAAUGAUAGGGCAGACACAAACAGUAAAAAGUUAAACAUUGGAAAUGAUCUUCAUAAUGCAAACAAUAUGAAAUUAGUUUUGGAAACAGUAUCACCACACAAAGAAAAAAACUCGAGUGAAGAAUUAAGUUUUUCAAAAAAUAAAGUAAAUAAAACUGUAUCCAAAUCAAAUUUGAAAAGUCGAGCUUUAAAACUUAAGGUUGAAGAUAACAUAACAAGUGCAAAGUUGAGUUCGGGUAAAAGUUGCUUGGAUAAAUUCAAAAAGCCAUUGGAGAAAAGGCUGAAAAUGAGUAAUAAAAAGAUCAUCCAGGACAAUAUAAUAACCAAAAGCAAGAGUAGUUCAAAGUUGAAUUCAAAUGUAAAACUAAAAAAAGGUUCUCUUCCAAGGAAAAUUAAAAACUCUCACAAACAACCACAGUUAAUAAAUAACUCCAAUAAAAGAAAACAGUCGAAAACAAUAAAAUGCCAAAUUUGCAAAUCAGUUGUCGAGAGAUCACACUACAAACAUCAUAUCACACGGCACGUGGAGACCCACUCAGCCUGCAAGGUGUGUAAGCAAAAGUUUGCUCACAGCGUUUUACUGAGACGACAUAUGAAGAGUGUUCAUUUUAUUGGUUGAUUGAAGUACUGUGGCUGCAGUGCUUGUGAACCUAAUCCACUGUAAGUCGUCAUGUUAUGUAUGUGAACAUUUAAAUUGGAUGACAAAAUCAGUGUCUCAAAAGUUCAAAGCUAUAAAAGGUGAUUUUGUAACUAUUAACCAGUUACCAAUUUGUAUAAAGUGUGCAAUUAGUAAUAUGCAGGGUGUACAUGUUCAAGUCAUAAUAUUUAUAAUAAACUUUAAAUAAUUUGCUGAUGAGUGAAAAGUUAAAAUUGUAUUUUUUUAUUUACUGUUCUCGCCAUAUACAAGGUUUGUCAAUAAAUCCAGAUACAUUGAAGUACACUAACAUCCUCCAGUUGCAACUGAUGGAGUUAUCUGAGACCAAUAACAUGUUCUUAAAUCUGAGACCACUAACGUGUAUUGUUCUUAAAUCUGAAACCACUAAUAUGUUCUUAUUUUUCUCCCUUUUCUACCCUUCUAACCGUUUCCCACCCCUAUGUGAUGACUUAGAUUGAUGUACAGUAGUAAGUACAAAUUAAACAAUGCAUUUAUACUCAAUGACAUAGUCCAAUGAAACACAUAAAACGGGCUUAAUGUUUUUCUGAAGAAUGAGAAGUUGACUUAGCAGUAGCCAAUAACAAUGCAGAGGAAAAGUUUCUGUGAGGUUUCUGUGGCGUUUUGUGCCACUUGAUGAAGAUGAGUCGUCACAUAUGGGUACGAAAUGGCUUUAAUAGUAGAAAAUAACAUGCCACUGGUGUUAGAAUAUAAAUCAACUUGCUUAGUUUGUGACUGGAGUGCAAUGGAGACCUUAGUUUAAAACAAUUAGUAUUAAUAUUUUGUUUUAUUUUUUAUAGACACAAAAACAAAUUCAUGUUGUGAGACACUUGUAUUGGUUGAGAUAUUCUUAUGCUGAGAGACUUAGAUUUUUUUUCUUUGAACAAGCUGGCAAUUAUUAAUAGUUACUACAAUACACCCUGCAUAUUAAGUUAGAAAUGAUGUUUUAAAUAUAUUUAACAUUGUUAAGACUGUUUGUUACAAGUAGAAAACUGAAAAAGUUAGGAUUAAUUUUAUGUUUAUGUUUUAUGGUUGUAAAUAUUGUACAAGAGUGUAUGGAUGGAAAGAAUAUUAUUGAGUUUUUAAUUUGUAAUUUAGAUACACAGUUUUAAGAUACUAAAAAAAUCUAAUUAUUUUCUUCUAUCUCUAAACCUAUACAGUAUGCUUUUCACUAUUGCUUUAACUUCAAAUAACUAUUUUAGUUGGUAUAAAAAUGUUUUACUUUCAAUAAACAUGCAUGUUAGUGUGUUUUUUAUUUACUUUUGUGGUUUUAGCAUUCGUAUAUCUCCUUUUUAUGGCCUUAAGUACACGGAUGGGCACACGGGAGGGACUAUGGCUAAAGGUGUGGUGACGUCAUAUCUCUAGUGACCAGGGUCGUCCCUAGGGUUGGCGGCGCCCGGAGCAAACGUGGUUGUGGCGCCCCCUCCCCACCAGUAGUAGUAGCAUUCGCAUAUUAUAUUGUAAUACUAUGUUAAUACAUUGCGCGGCGC